ACUGCCUAAUCAUCUGCUAUAUACAUUACUCAUGGAACGAAUAAUUGAAUCGAAAAAUGCAUCAGAAUUCGACUGCGAUUGGCUCCACGCCAUCCAAAACUAUCUCCUCAGCGACUCCAAUUCCCCCCUUGAUUUCGAAGCCAAUGCAUCCCCGCUCAGCAACGACGGCGUUUCGCAAAUGGUCGACGAGCUUCUGUGCGACGACACCGCGCCUCCUCCUCCUCCUCCUCCUCUGCGGGCGGCGGUGGAGUGGAAGCGCUACAAAGGCGUGAGGCGGCGGCCGUGGGGGAAGUUCGCGGCGGAGAUAAGGAAUCCGGAUAAGAAGGGUUCGAGGCUGUGGCUGGGGACGUACGAGACGCCGGAGGAGGCCGGCUUGGCUUACGAUCGAGCCGCGUACAGGAUGCGCGGGUCGCGGGCCCUGGUCAACUUCCCGCACCUUAUCGGGUCGGACAUUCCGGAGCCGACCCGAGUCACUAAGAGAAAAAACACUGAUUUGAAUAAUGCGUCGCGGUCGCGGAAGAAGAUCGAUUGUGUAGGAUCGGAUUAGAGUUUUGCUUAAUUUAGUGUGAAUCCUAAAUAAGGAAUUUGCAUACCAAAAAGAAAUUUCACUUCACAAACACACCACACACCUUUUGCGUCAGUAUGUAGAUUUGAUGCAUGAACAAUAAUCGGUACUAGCUAAGUAGCUAGUUCGAUCAAUUCGAGUGUUGUUAAAUAAAGUGUAAUAUCCAAAUACACAA